AUGGAUGCCCUGGCUUUGGAAGCUACACAUCCCAAGAAAGCUCAGAACGGGGCGCCGGCCGCCGGCCCCCCCCUCCCGCCCCCCGUCAAACGCAAACCAGCCAAAAAAGCUAAGAAAGCUGUGGUCUUUUUCGAGGUGGAGAUUCUGGACGCGAAGACCAAGGACAAGCUCUGCUUCUUGGACAAGGUGGAGCCCAAUGCUACCAUCGGAGAGAUUAAGUCUAUGUUCCACAAAAGCCACCCCCAGUGGUAUCCUGCCAGGCAGAGCAUUCGUCUAGACCCGAAGGGAAAAUCCCUGAAGGAUGAGGAUGUACUACAGAACCUGCCUGUGGGAACCACGGCGACCUUCUACUUCAGAGACCUGGGAGCCCAGAUCAGCUGGGUUACGGUGUUUCUGACGGAGUACGCUGGUCCGCUGGUCAUCUACCUGAUGUUUUAUUUCCGAGUCCCUUUCAUAUACGCGCCCAAGUAUGACUUCACCACGAGUAAACACUGGGUUGUUCAUUUGGCCUGCAUGUGUCACUCCUUCCAUUACGUUAAGAGACUUCUGGAAACUCUGUUCGUCCACCGCUUCUCCCACGGGACGAUGCCGCUCCGCAACAUCUUCAAGAACUGCACAUACUACUGGGGCUUCGCUGCUUGGAUGGCCUACUACAUUAAUCACCCCCUGUAUACACCACCAAUGUACGGAGAGCAGCAGGUGAAACUGGCCCUGAUCAUUUUCCUGUUCUGCCAAAUUGGCAACUUCUCCAUCCAUAUUGCUCUGAGGAACCUCCGACCACCAGGAUCGAAGACCAGGAAGAUCCCUUACCCCACCAAAAACCCUUUCACCUGGAUUUUCCUCCUGGUCUCCUGUCCCAACUACACCUAUGAGCUGGGUUCGUGGCUCGGCUUCACCCUGAUGACGCAGUGCCUCCCCGUGGCCUUCUUCACUCUGGUUGGCUUCAUUCAGAUGACGGUCUGGGCAAAGGGAAAGCACCGCAGUUACCUGAAGGAGUUCCGUGACUACCCUCCUCUCCGUUCUCCGAUCCUCCCUUUCAUCCUGUAGAACAGCCUCGUCUCUGGGCGAGCGUGACGCAGCAACCAAUCAGCAGUCACCGCUUCCUAUUUAGCCCCGCCCCGCCCCGCCCCACCCCCGCCCCUCCCUUCCAACAGAACUAGCCAGCUGCCACUCAACCAGUGAGCACUGACCGCCAUACUAUGCCACACCCAGCCCACAACUUUCAUCCAGUAGGAUGGGUGGCGUCCUGAAAGAGUAUCACUACACGUCCAGUCAGCACUGUCCUCUCUGCUUAGCCCCUCCCCCUAAACGUCGAAGUUCCUCUUGUCUGUACCUUUCCUGGAUCCAGUUCGCUGAAGGGUUCCCCAAAUUCGGGUUCUGGUGGUCCGCAGUCCCGUCGGUUUUCUCAUCAACCCACAACCAUGGUCUGUGCUUGAGAACAGAUGGCUCAUACAUGGCUCUUUCCCAGUUAAAUAAUAAAUAAUAAAAAUCUCCUCUAAUGAGUUUAGGGUGAACAGAGUGAAGUAGUUAGACACUGGUGGUUAUCUUGGGACUGAAUUUGGGAAACCUUUCACAUAUUUUAUCUUGCGUGUCCUGUGAUCCAACUUACACCUCAUUUUUUCUUUUCCUCCAUACAAGUUUUUUCUUUUCUUUUUUUUCUUUUGCUUUUUUGUUUGUUUGUUUUUUUAAACUCUGCUAUGACUGGCUCUGGAGACUUAUUGUAUGACUCCGCUUGUCACUUAUUGGAUAACUCUCUGAUUGACAGUAGCUCUGACCAAUGAACACGUAUGUUACUACUGACAGGCUUGAAAUGAAGUCUAACUCAUCAAUAACCAUAGCUGUAUUAAACACUGCAGUUCAUCUUUAAUCAUAGCCUCGUGACAAUAUCUGAAAAUCCUGGCUAAUGUUGCUAAAAAAUAAAAAGGAUGGCACAAUUUUAGGAUGUCAUUAAUCUUGGUGACAGUGAAACUUUGUUUUGUCCAUAUGUGUUGAGAUAAUUUAUAUAUAAAGAAAAAAAGUGUAAAAACUUUUCUGGUAUGUUGUCUGUCACAUGUGCUGUUUUACACAUGGUAAUGUUUAUAUUCUGAAGGCACUAAAUUACCAUGACUCUUC